GACUGCACCUUACCACUUAGUAGACAAUUUGAACACCAAGGGAUGGGGGUUUGUAGACUAGUUUUCAUUUUUUGGGGGGUUUGUAGACUAUUCUACGAUACUCGUUCGUGGGGUUUCGCAGUUUUGCGUAGUUUGGCCUUGGAAGACGAAGCAUUGUAGUUGCAGAGGAAGAACACACGGGAGACCACCAUGAUUAGCUUUCUUGCUCAGGAACGUCUUCUUGGUGCAGCCUUGGGCAGUAUCUUCACGGGUAUCAUAGUUUUUGAGCAGAGAAAGAGCAUCUAUAGCUUAAUUUCAGAAAAUCAGUCCCAUUACAAAUCUCAUCCUCAGAUGCAAGAGCCCAAAUUUGGAAAGAAAACUCGCAUGGAGCUGGCUCACUUGUGGAACAAAACAGUUGACCAGACAAUGGGGCCAGUGAUUGCCAAUCUGAGCUUGCGUGGGUGGUAGAUUUCCCUUACCAAUGCCUUUUGUACUUCUUCUCUAACGUUAUUGUCGACACCUAAUUUUAUUGGCCGCCUCCCCAUUAAUGAUAGCCAUAAGCAUCAUAUGUGUUAAGAAAA